UUGAAGACGUUUUAUCCGGGCGACCAGACGGUGCGGAACGCGAGCGAGAGCUGGGCGCGGUUGAUGUUUAGUAGGGAUGGGUUCUCGUUCGGUCGAAUGUACGAGCAGCGAUUCGAGACGCAGGUGCGAAUCGACGCGAAAGACGGCGCGAUCGAGGAGACCAAGGAGGGGUACACGGUGCAAGGGAAGAUUCCCGACAGGCCAAAGUUUACGACCAAGUUGAAGACCAGUGAUAUGCUCAAGGAUGAAUACAAUCGCGCGGGCCGACAGAAGAAGUGCUAUUUCUACGUCGAGCUCGAGGAACCGGUGUUGGUGUUGCACGACGAUGGAGAUGAGUUGCGGCAUCACUUGGAGCUCGACGCGCACGACUUGGAAUUUGAGCAGUUCAAGUGCACGUACUUUCACGGCGUGCAGAGGCCCGUCAACGGAGGUUCGAUCGAGAGUGGAAAGUGGGAAAUCAAAGACGAGCGCGAAUCUGGGGGGAAGGUCGCCAUCAUGAGCUCGGCGACGACGUUAACGAUGCUAUCAGCGUACCAUCGAACGCUCGUAAAUCAUCAAGCGUUCGCGAAACAUCAUGGAUACGCUUCGAUUCUCGCGCUGGUUUCUCGCGACACAUUAGCGGGUAGAUCUGGGAAAUUCGCCAAACACAUGGCGAUGGGAGUGCAAACGUUGAAGAAAGAUCACGACAUGACGUGUCACGUCGACCUCGACGCCUGGUUCGCGAGUUGGGAUCCGCUCAGCUAUUACUCAAAGAACUGGCCUGGGGACAAAAACUUGUUCUUCGGCGACACCGGACAAGUGUGGUUGAACUCGGGAUUGAUGUGCGCUCGAUCGGUCGACUGGACGGUAGACUUUUUCGAGCGAGUGCUGAACGCGGUGCACGAAAAGGGAAUGGACGAGAAUUCAAAUCCCGUCAAGUUUGGUUUCAAGCGAGACCAACCGGCGAUGUGGCAUGUUCUCGCAACAGAGUGGGCCCAAAAGGACAACAUCCCUUAUCUCGGCACCAAGUGUCCUCGAUGGGACUCGUGUAAUCCAGACUCGAAUCCUAUAGAGUGCUGGCAUUGGUGUUUCUGGGACGCAUUCCAGAGAAGACCUAAGGGAUGGGACGGCUUGCACGACUUGAACAAGCUCUCAAACGUGUAUCUCGACCCGCAAGAGAACGAGCCGAAGAUGCAUCGCAUGUGUUUAGCGAGCUGUCAAAGCGUCUUGAGUCGAGCGAAUAUGGCGCUGUGCUCUACUAUUACCGGCAGUGCAGGAUGUUUGCCCAAGGAUGUGGACAAGAUGUCGCUUUGUGACGGAAGGGGUUGCCUGCAGCAGCUCACGUCGAAAGGAGGCGCGUGGCUUAAGCACACUGGACAUCAGCACUGGCGAGACGUUCUCCCGAGGUGUAUCCCACGCAACUCACAAGAGUCGGAGCGCGAAAAACGCUCGUAUUUAAGCUUGUGCGAUACUAAACGAACGGUGUAG